AUGAUGUUCAAGCGACUCCGCUCCGCUAUCAAAAAGAAUGACUCCUCACAAUGCCUCGAAGCAGACCGCCGUCAUCCUCUGCCUGCUGUUAACAAUCCCGCAAUGGUUGUGGCAACAAUCAAGUGUGUUGUCGUUGGAGACGGUGCUGUCGGCAAAACGUGUCUCUUGAUAUCCUACACAACGAACAAGUUUCCGUCGGAAUAUGUGCCUACAGUCUUUGACAAUUAUGCUGUGACAGUAAUGAUCGGCGAUGAACCGUACACUCUAGGUCUCUUCGAUACAGCAGGUCAAGAAGACUAUGACCGGCUGCGCCCACUCUCCUACCCUCAAACAGAUGUGUUCCUCGUUUGCUUCUCCGUCACUUCCCCUGCAUCCUUCGAAAACGUCCGCGAAAAAUGGUUCCCAGAAGUACAUCAUCAUUGCCCUGGAGUACCAUGUCUGAUUGUUGGCACACAAACCGAUCUACGGGAUGAGGCUGCAGUCAGGGAGAAGCUGGCAAAGCAGAAGAUGACCCCAGUCAUGAAGCAAGAUGGUGAGAGGAUGGCGAAAGAGCUGGGUGCAGUGAAAUACGUUGAAUGCAGUGCUCUGACACAGUACAAACUGAAGGAUGUCUUUGAUGAGGCUAUCGUGGCAGCCCUCGAGCCUCCCCCAAAGAAGACAAACAAGAGCAAGUGUGUUAUUCUCUAA